AAAAUAGGCUCAGUAUCCAUAAUCCAUAAUGUCGUCCGACUCCGAGUCCGAGCCCGAGCGGCGCCAGAGCGUGAGCGCCGCGAACCUGCCGCGCUGCGUCGAGUGCGGCGGCUUCGGCGUGGGGCUCGUGACCAACCCGCAGCGGCUCUGCACGCACUGCGCGCGCCUGACGAAGGCCUUCUUCGACCCGGAGAGCAGCAGAUUCUGCAGGGACGAGGGCUUCGUGGACAUUUCGCCCGCGGCCGACGGUGGUGUGCUCAAGAAGAUUAUUCGGGAGGGGGAGGCACCCGGCAAGCAGAAGCUGGAGGAAGGCUGCCCCACGUUCGUGCAGUAUGUGGGGCGCCUGAUGGACGGUUCCAUCUUCGACACGACACGAGAUAUGAUUGACGGGAGGCAUGUGGGCGGCACGGACGACCCGUUCGAGUUCCAGCUUGGUCGACAGAAGGUGAUCAAGGGUUGGGACAUCGGCGUGGCAACGAUGAAUGUGGGCGAGAUCGCGCGCUUCAUCAUCGCCCCGGAGUACGGAUAUGGACACGAGGGUUUUGCGCCCAAGGUCGAGCCAGAUGAGACGCUGGACUUUGAGAUCGAGCUGCUGAGCUUCAAGGAUGCCCUGCCUCGCUUCCCUACCCAAGCCGAAUUGGCGGAAUCGCGGAAGAAGCAGUACGAGGACGACAAGAAGAUGCUGGAGGAAAACCCUCCACCUACCGUCGGUAGGGAUUGUUCGUCUCCAUUGAUUCAAGUGGACUUUGUCUAAUGCGGUGUGCUGUGGGUUGAUAGAUGAGCGCAUUGAAAGCGCUUUGGAGCAGAAGGAAAAGGGCAACGCGUUGAUCGCGAAGAAGGACUACGAUCAGGCUCAAAAGUGCUACGACUCGGUAAGCCUAUCUGCGGAAUGUAUUAUGGGACUACCCAUGCUUAUGGCGAUUGACUGUUUGUAGGGUUUCGUGCACAUCUUCUACGCAAAAGAGGAAUGGGAGAACUUUGUGUCCCAGGAAGACAAGGACAAGGUCAACAAAGUGAAGCUGGUGCUGUACCUAAACCGAGCACUGUGUAAGAUCAAGCUUGCGAAGAUCGAGGAUGCCCUCUGGGACUGCGAUCAGGUAGAAGUUUCAUGCAAAGUGUCGCCGAUCAUCACCAAAAUUGACCGUGUGUUGCUUGCCUAGGCCAUCCUCAUUGACCCGAAGAACAGCAAGGGCCACUUCCGUCGUGGCCUCGUGUUCACAGAGAAGCUGA